AUGGGCGACUCGGGCAACUCGGCCACCGAGAAGAGCGAUGAUGAAGUCAUGGUCGACACCCCAAGCAUCUCGGCGCUCCCGUCCACAUCGACGUUGGCCCGCACGGCCGUGACGUACGACGCGCUGAGCCCGAUGAAUCGUACGUCUCGCUGUCCGACAGCUUGCAGUCCAUCUGCUCGCACAGGCGAGACGGUCGACACGUUCACCUCGUUUGCCAGUACCAGCGCAUCGCCCUCGUUGGAAGUGCAGAACAUCGUCGCUCAACCGGAGAUGGUCAUCGCCGGCAUCGACCCGUCCGGAUUCAUUCGGGUGCGUGUGCGCGUCCAGCUAUUGGAGGUGCCAAACGGCCAGAAGAAGCUGAAUGCCCGCAUCACCGGCCGUCUUCCUCGGCAUUUGACGUUGAGCGACGUCCGCGUACUGCCGGUCCAUCGAGCUUCUUCUGACAAU